GGAAGUCUGGCCCGCUCGCCCAAUCACGCCCGGAAGCCUAUCCAGCAGCGCCAGGCUGGCCAAUCCUGGGGACGCUUGCUCUUGGCCAAAGCGGGUCCCGCCUCCGCGCGCCGCGCUGACGGGUCGUUAGCGGAUACGGCGGCCGCAGGGGCGGAGUCAGGGUCCUUUGCCCGCCUUGGCGGCCGGCUCUACGUUCCCUGUUCUCGCCUCCUGCUCCGCCAUGGCUCCCAAAGGCAGCUGCAAACAGCAGUCUGAGGAGGACCUGCUCCUGCAGGAUUUCAGCCGCAAUCUCUCGGCCAAGUCCUCCGCGCUCUUCUUCGGGAACGCGUUCAUCGUGUCUGCCAUCCCCAUCUGGUUAUACUGGCGAAUAUGGCAUAUGGAUCUUAUUCAGUCUGCUGUUUUGUAUAGUGUGAUGACCCUAGUAAGCACAUAUUUGGUAGCCUUUGCAUACAAGAAUGUGAAAUUUGUUCUCAAGCACAAAGUAGCACAGAAGAGGGAGGAUGCUGUUUCCAAAGAAGUGACUCGAAAACUUUCUGAAGCUGAUAAUAGAAAGAUGUCUCGGAAGGAGAAAGAUGAAAGAAUCUUGUGGAAGAAGAAUGAAGUUGCUGAUUAUGAAGCUACAACAUUUUCCAUCUUCUAUAACAACACUCUGUUCCUGGUCGUGGUCAUUGUUGCUUCCUUCUUCAUAUUGAAGAACUUCAACCCCACAGUGAACUACAUUUUGUCCAUAAGUGCUUCAUCAGGACUCAUCGCCCUCCUGUCUACUGGCUCCAAAUAGACCAUGUUAGCUUCACCCCCUGGCUGUGUGUCUAUGGGUGGCCUGUGGUAUAUGGAAAAGUAGCAGGGUGGUCAGGGUGGGAGACACAAGAUGUUUUUAUAGUCUAGAGCCUUUAAAAAACCCAGCAGAAUGUAAUUCAGUAUUCGUUUAUUGGCUGUUUUUGACAGAUUGUUGAAAUUAAAUGAGUUGAAAGGGAAACUCAGAGUACCAGGACGUUUAUUAAAAGGAAAAAAAUGUCUUGCAAUGUGCUGUAAUCACAAGAGGAGAAAAUAACUUGUUUCCUUGAUCUGUCAGAGGUCACAGUAACCUGGGCCGAGCUGUUAUUAUUUAUUAUAUAAUAGUAGUAGGAAGUUAAUAACUGGUUCUCUGUGUUCCAAGCACAAUAUUACAACUUCUUUUGAACCAUAAAUAUCAGAAUGAAUCCUCUUCCCAGGGGAUUGAACAGAAGCUUAAUGUUUACAAGUGUUUGAAUUUGUGAUCUGAAAUAACACAAAAUUAAAAACAUGAUUUCUCCAAUUUUCCAACUUGAGGAAGAGAAACUUGUGGAAAAGUUCUGUUUUUUUUUUUCUUUAAAGGAGGGCAGCCAAGGUAGUAACCUAAAAAUAGUGCCCAGGCAUAUGAGAGUUGUCCUACGAGGUUAAAGAACACACUGUUCCGCUGUAUGGCUUUGGCCCUGAGUGGCCAGGGAGGUCAACUUGACCCUGCCAUGUUGGUUUGACUUACUAAGACACAGGAAUCAUUGUUUUCCUUGACCAGGGUCUCACACCCUGGAGGAAUGUUAAGUAAGAGAAAGAACCUCUUUCCUGAAUAUUGACAUGUAAAAGACCAAAGUAAUUUUUCUGAACUUCUGCAAUUCUGAGAACUCUCCAAGGAAUUUACAGUGAUUUUAGUGCUUGUCAGCAUUUUUCCAUGAGGACUUUCAUACAUUUGACUCUUUAGUUCACAGGUUCCCAUUGAUUGUGAGCAAAAUAUUUAUCUCUUUAGCCCUUGGGGAUCCAGCUGAGAGCAAUCUCUUGCAUUUUUUUACCCGUGUAUGUACAGAUAUCAUUUCUUGUGUAUGCCAUGACUUGAAAAAGUUUGGGAAGCUCUUUAGCAAUAUCAGCUAAAAGGAUAUGAAAUCACAGGUGAUAGCAGUUGUCAUUCAGUAAUUUCCUACAAGCAGCACCCCAAAGGAAAUAUAGUCCUAAUCUUUAGUAUCCACUUCUAAAUUUAAUGUGAAUUUCAUACAUGUUAUUAGUUGUUUUCUUUAUAAUUUUAUAAAAAUUAUUCAUCAGGAGUUUAACUUCCACUUCCAUGCUAUCAGAUGUGUUGGGCUUCAUCCAAGAACUUGGAAGAGAAACAGGCAGGAAUGCAUUUGCAUAAUGACCCAGAUCAUCAUUUUCUGCAACUGAGAAUUAUAUUUCAUCAUUGCUUCUAGAAGUCUGCAAUUCUUUACUUUUCUUUGAUGCAUUAUUAUCUAGGUGCCAUCACUGGAUAAUGUGGAGUGACUAGAGAAGUCACAUUCAUUGCAAGGUACAGUUAAGGUAACACUUAAGAGGUUUAUUAUUUUUAAAAAACUUUUCUUGAACUUCUGGUCAACAUGGUGAAACCCUGUCUCUACUAAAAAUACAAAAAUUAGCCAGGCGUGGUGGUGGGCACCUGUAAUCUCAGCUACUCGGGAGGCUGAAGCAGGAGAACUGCCUGAACCCAGGAGGCAGAGGUUGCAGGGAGUCGAGAUCGUGCCACUGCCUGGGUGGCAAGGGUGAGACUCCAUCUCAAAAAAGAAACAAACCCAAAAAGUUUUCUUUACUGUUGAUUUAAAAAAAAAAAAAAAAAAAAAAAAAAAAGCCAGACCGUAGUUUGACUGGUGGCAUGGAAUUUGUGUAUCAAAUAAAUGCAUUUGCUUAUUUGACAAACCA